AUGCGCGACGAUGCAAUGUGGCGUCCGAUUGCCAUGGAGGAGUCGUCGAUGAUACGAAAGUCAUCAUGUCAACAAGGAAGGUCGAGGUGCCAGAAUCGUGGAUGUAGCUGGCACGAUGAUUCAGAAGUCGGUGGAGUGGAUUGCUAUUGUUCUAAGUCAUAUUUGGAUGAUUCUAAUGAGCAAUAUGGUGGAGGAUGUGCAGAUGAUGAAAUUAAUAGUGGGGUUGAUACAAAGAAUUGUGAGGUUGGUGAAGUACCGGAGCAAGUUGAUGAUGAAAGUACCGGUAUUUGGAAGUAUAACUUUAACGAAUCUACUAAAAACAGCAGGAUAUCUGAAUCAACAACAACGUCAGAAGCUCAAAGGUCGAAAAGUUCGGACCAAAGGAUGAUGAAUACCUCUACUUCAAUUAGGAUAUCUAGCGUUUUACCUGUUUUAUUGCUGACUAUUGUUAUCAUUUUUCUAUUAGAACCAUCAGAUGCUGUAUUACAAGUGCAUCGACCGAGUGUCUCAUCUGUCAAACAGUGUGAUAGUCCGUGUCAUAAUGGUGAAUGUAGAGAAGGAAGGUGUAUAUGUCAUCCUGGGUGGCGAGGUACUCAAUGUGAGAGUUGUUUUGGAAGGCAACGGUAAGAUUUUCAUUAUUAUUAGUUACUGUUGGAUUUUCGGUCAAAAACUAAAAAGAAAGUUUAAUUAUUAUAAAAAACAGUUAAGGUAUUUUUUAUUUUAUGGUUAUAUAUUGCAUGUGGUAUUACUUUUAUUGGUGUUUACUGUCAAUUACCAAUACUGUUUACCUUCCAAAUCAGAAAUACUGUUUAUUACAGUUUGACGAAUGGGUCGGGUGUCAUAAUGGAUGGAUUUGGGAAGUAUCCGUCUGCUGCCAACUGCUUAUGGAUCAUCGAAGGAGAUCAGAAGGGUCCUUUACAUCUCAAGUUCAACGAGUUUGACACCGAACUCAACUGGGACCACUUGUACAUAUACGACGGUGCUAAUGUCAAUGAUAAUUUAAUUGCUGCUUUAAGGUGAGUCCAAAUUUUUUAAAUACUUUUAUUCUUUUUAGGAUUGUGGGUAAUAUUUUUUGAACUUAAAAUUGUUUUCAAAAUUUUAGACAAGUCAAUAUUUAUCUAAAAAUAGAGUUCAUACUCAACCUAAAAUGAUGUCGUACUACUUUUUUAAAACUAAAAAUUUAAUUUCAGCGGAAAAUUGUCACCUCAGCAAGAAUUCAUGGUCCCUUCAGGCAUGGCCAUACUGUACUUUACUAGCGACAUAGCCAUAAACAACCAAGGCUUCAAUAUAAGCUACACCUAUGACAAAUGUCUAUAUGAUUGUCGUGGUAAAGGUACAUGUAAGAAAGGAAUAUGUGUUUGUGAACCUGGUCAUUCUGGAGAGUCUUGCGAGCUACAGUACUGUCAUUCGAGUAUGGAGAACAAGGAAGGACCUUGUGCGACCGGUAAAUGUGUGAAUGGAAAGUGUUCAUGUCCGGAUGAUAAACAUGGCCAUCUUUGUCAAGUAAGUUCUUUCUUUUUGUUCUGGUGUUUAGGAAAUGGCAUUAUUGGACAUACUAUGGUAAGGUAUGAUAUACCUUUUUGACUGUGAAGUUGAGUAUAAUAUGAUCAACUUUAUAGAGAGAGUAACUUGAUAUUAUUUUAGUCUCCGAAAACCGAAUCGACGUGGAAUCGACUGGUCGUAAAAGCUAAGAAUGCUGAAUUGUUCCAUCCGAGAGCAGGUCAUACGGCUGUUAAUGUGGAUGAUCUUAUUUACAUUUAUGGUGGUUACAUGUUGAGCAGACAAGAUGCUAAAGACCUGGUUGUUUUUAACACCAAGACCAACGAGUUUGAAGAAGUUGUCACAAAUGGUGAGGAUGUACCCGAAAACAGAUACGACCACUCAAUGGUUUAUUAUCAGGCAUGUUGUUGAUAUUUAUGUUGUUUUGUUUGAAGUCUUUAAUUAAAAAAAAUUUAAAUCUUAUCAUUUUGUUUGUUUGAUUUAUUAGGGUAAUAUCGUCAUAUUGUAAAAAUUACAUUAUAGGGAAGCUUGUACAUAUUUGGUGGAGUGAUAACCCCAAAAGACGGUAUACCUUUUAUUACCAAUGAAGUCUGGGAGUUUAUUAUUCGAAGCAAGACCUGGAAUCGAGUUUCUCGUCAUAUCAAUGGCUCUGACGUAAGACCAUCGGCGGUUGCUGGACAUACAGCUCAUGUCCACAACAACAAAAUGUACCUGUGUUUUGGGUACAACCCAUAUCUUGGCUAUUUACCCUUUGUACAGAUCUACGAUUUGGGUAAGAUUUGAUCAAUAGACUUUUGGACAUUUUUACAAAUUAUUUAAAAAUUACUAGAAGGAUGGCUUCAUAUUUAUUUACAAUAAUCGUUUUGUGGUUCAUGAUAUAAUUUUUUACUCUUAACUUCAUGAUUUCAGUCAACCAGAUAUGGGAAGAUCCAUUGGCCAACGGUCUUGACCCGAGUGUUAUUGGUCGAUUUGGUCACUCAUCGGUCCUGAUUCCAGACACAAAACAACCAAGUAUAUUAGUCUUUGGAGGGUCUCUUCACGUUUCUAAUGGAGCCUAUGCCGUUACUGACGAAUUCAUUAGCUAUGACGUUCUAACUCGCACGUGGUAUGUUCGUAUUCCAAAAAAUAUCAUAACUUUAUUACCUAGUAUCUACUAUUAGUAAAAAUUCUUUCCAGGACCCAGAUGAAACCAUUCACCUCUCCAAGAUUCCGCCAUUCUUCAGUAUUAAUACAUGAUAUCAUGGUAUCUUUUGGAGGUAACUCUCCAAACGAAUCUUUGCCUCAUGGUAAUGGAUACUACUCUUCUCAUCUACUUAUAUAUGACACUCAUUGUAAGAAAUGGCAAGAAAUGUCAGUAGAGGAUAUUGAUGACAUCCACAGGUAUUCUCAUUCUAUGGUUACUGUAGACAAUGGUAAAAAUAUAUACGUGUUUGGCGGCUUCAAUGGUGUUAUGAAGAAUGACGUUUUGGUGUUAACCUUGGCCAGUAAGUUUUUUUACAUUUUUGGGAUAUUUAUAUGCGUCUGUCUUAUACGAGCUAUUAUAUGUUGAAUACAAGAUCUAUGUUAUGUUAUAUUGACCUAUGACUUUUUUAAUAAAUGCUUUACCAAAAUAAAUUGUAGAAGAAUGUAAUAACGAAGCCUCAACUAAUGCCGAAUGCUAUAACAUAGCCAAAGGAAUCAAGUGUGGUAUGGUAGGGAAGAAAUGUCAGUCAGUACGAAGCGACGUAUCUUAUGCUCAACCCUUUUCUAACAUAAUCAAGUCGAAUUCUGUGAGACCACAAGCUUCUAUCUGCCCAGAUGCUGACAUUACACUACAUAUCGAUCAAGAAAUGUGUUCUACAAUCAAAGAUUGCACCAAAUGCGUAUCACAGUCUAACUGUGGUUGGUGUUCAUCCACAUCUCUAUGCCAGGCAUCAUCGGCAUCGUGUUUAGAUGAAAUACAAACAGACCAACGAAUGUGCACUCAGAUGAACACAAAGACGUCGGUGUCGGUAGCUGAGAAACAAUCAUGCAGUAUGGGAUUGACAUGUCACGGCUGUAAAUACUACAAAUGUUCAUGGAUCGACCGAAAGAAGCAGUGUGUAUCACACAAGGAACAAGAACAGAUGAUAUCAGAACAAUGGCAGCGGUACAACUCAAUCGCUGGAACUCACAGUAGUGAAGUCGCCUUGAUAAAGUCUACGAGGAAGAACACUCCACCGUUCCCGUUCAGUAACUUCCGUGAACCCUUCAGAUUCCCUCAAGAACAGAAUUGUACGGCGUGCUUCCAGCUGGAUAGUUGUCAUGAGUGUGUAGACCACAAUUGUAUGUGGUGUCCAGGUACAAGGCAAUGUAUAGCAAUGGAGACCUUCAACAUUCACUUUGCUUUUGGCCAAUGCCCUACGUGGGUGACGGCCAAUAACAACCACCAUCGACACACUUGUGAACUAGACCCUUUGAAUUGUGGAGCCCAGAAGAAUGCUACAGAAUGUCAGCUAGUGGGACCAAGUUGUGGAUGGUGUGAUAGUGGUGACAAUAGAGGUACAGGAGAAUGUCUGAAGGCAAAGAAUAGUGAUGAACCAGAAGAUAAGGCUAGAUGUGAUGAGAAGCAGGGCAAGAAGUUCUACUACAUUGGAGAGCCAGAAUGCCAAUGUAAUGGUCAUUCUAAUUGUACGGCUACACAGAGACGAAGUCUGAUUGAUGUGAUUAAGAAGCAGACAAGGCAAAAGUGUGCUCAGUGUUCGGAUAACACUAAAGGCGACAACUGUGAGUACUGUGAGGAUGGAUACUAUGGAGAUCCCAGGAAUGGAGCUGAAUGUAAAAGUAAGUUUUAAAAGUAACCAAGGUGGUAUACCCAGUAUUUUUUUUAAAACGAUUAAUUGUUGUUUAUCAUGCGUUUCUUGAUAUUUCCAAGUUUAUACCUUUUCAAAAAUAGUUAUAUACAGAGCGUCUAAUUAAAUUGUCAAUGUUAACCUCAACAUUUUUAGAAUGUGACUGCGGUGUCAGAGCGAAGACUUGCAAUAGCGACGGAUCUUGUAAUUGCAUUGUGAAAGGUGCAUCUGGCCUAAAAUGCGACCAAUGUGACAACAAAUACCGCGGACGACCCGACCAUAACCAGUCGUGCACUUGUAAGUGAAAAGCCGUGACAGCAUUAGAUUGUUAGCUCAGCAGAUUAAAAUUAAGCGUUCGUUUCGAUCUGAUAUUCUAACUUACGACAAACCCUAGUUUAUAAAAGUCAUUCAACUUUUAAUUUUAAGUAAAAUUUAAAAAAUUAUUUUUUACUACCUAAUCAUACUAUUAUAUCAAGAAUAUUCUGUAAACUAACUUCAAAAACUUUAGAUGAACUAAUCAUCGACUUCAUCUACACCUUCAAGUUGGAUUCAGAUGACCCCAAAGACAAGUACGUGGAGAAGAUCUACUUUACCUCAACCCCAUUUAAACGUGACGUUGAUGUGCAAUUUACUGUGAAUUGUGAACACAAUAAUACCACAGCAAUCGUACAUUUGGACAUACAAGACAGAAACGGUAACAUCACAAAGAAGAUCAAGGCCAAUUGCACAGCAGAAGGCCUCAAAAGGACGUACCCUGCCAACGAUAACGUCUUCGGAAUCGACUCAAACACAACAUUCUUGGUCAGCGUGACAGACUUCGAAACCCCCAUCAAGAUUCAGAUCUCAUUCGCCCAAUCACCUCCCAUCAACUGGGUACUCUUCUUUGUCAUCUUCGCAGCGUAAGGGCAAUCUUUGAUUUUACUUAGCUUGUAAUUUAUUAUGUGUUACCUACUUUUAAAAAACGGUAUUAUGUGCCAUACUGUCACUGAUACUGAUAAUUCAGAUCUAUUAAAAAAAUAAAACUAAAUUAACUAUUUUUAGAUGCUUUAUCGUCUUACUCGUAGUAGCCGGUAUACUAUUGUUGAUAAAGCAACGGAUACGAAAUGCCGGAAAUGAAGCCAAUAUUAUCAUUGAGAAUGAACGUAUGGCUGCACGGCCAAAGACCGGCGUCCAACUUCAUUUGCCCGAAACUCGACAAAAUAUUGUAAGUGCAGUUUACUAUAUGCAACCUUUGCCUUAACUGCUGUAGAUCUAGUUUUUGUAUUCGAUUGGUUUACAAAUGUAAAUAUUAUGAUAAUAACAACCUAUAUGCUAUUACUAUGAUAAUAACUAACCCUAUAUGCCAUUAUCAUGAUAUUGACCAAUCACAUUUUUCCAGCAGCCAACCCCAAUAGCAAUAGAACCCUGCAAAAACCUAAGCACUGCCAUCUACACUGUAGUAGUCCGUCUACCUACUGGUGGCCAACCUCACACGCCCUAUGGUGUUUCUGGUCUAGCAGUAGCGUCAGCGCUGUGCCAUUUACCUCAAAGUCAAUUGGCGGUCCUCGAACCUCCAAACGAAGACGAAAAAGCUGGAAGUACAAACAAACGGGAUUUCAGGAGAUUCCUAUCAACUCUUAUCAGAAGAAGCCCUUGA